UGUGUGUGUGUGUGUGUGUGUGUGUGUGUGUGUGUGUGUGUGUGUGUGUGUGUGUGUGUGUGUGUGUGUGUGUGUGUGUGUGCGUGUGUUAUCCAUCCUGUAGGGCUCCUGACCACUCCUGCUGUGUUCAGGCACAGCGCCGUAGGGACGCAGACAAACAGGGAGGGACAGUGAACCGCACCGGAGCUUCCACUGCGCACAACACAAACCAUCCGUGACUCCAGACGAGUGGCAGUGCUCCUCCUCCGGCUCGGUAGGAUUUACUGUUCGGGGCGUCUGCUGCAGCUGCAUGGAGGCAGAAUAGAGACUGCAGCAGGAAGGUCAGCUGCGGAGGAUUAAGUCUGCGGAGGCACAGGCACCCUGUCCGAACACCGGGACCCCACCCGGCCGCAGGUUUCCCCGCGGCGCUGGAGCUCCCAGACGGUGACAGCUGUCAGCCAGAAAUACCUGCCAGGAAGAUGAGGGAAGACCCGUCUGAUGAAGAAUAUCUCAACGGAGGAUGCACUAAAGGAUGAACACAAAAGGAAGGAGAAAAGAGGAGACUCAAAAGUUCGACAGAGGAGAACAAAUGGAAACAAACGGAUCAGUAAGAGGAGGGAGGGAAAUGUGAGGAGCUUUAUGAAAGAGGAAAGAUAGAAACAGAAAAACUUCUAAGCAGGAAAACUACAUCAGGUAAACAGAUUGAAAGUGAGAGAAAGGAAGCCAUAAAGGACAAAGGAGCUGGAAGCUUUGGAAGGGUAGAAAGGAAAAGCAAGAAUCUGGUUGAGGGAGGAAAAAAACAUCUGGAUGGUCUCCACAGCGACAGCCAGCUGGUUACCCACCCUCCGAAGAUGGCUUCCAACUUCAACGACAUUGUCAAGCAAGGCUACGUGCGCAUGCGCAGCCGCAAAUUGGGGAUCUAUCGGCGUUGCUGGCUGGUGUUUAAGAAGUCAUCCAGUAAAGGACCUCGUCGCCUGGAGAAAUACCCCGAUGAGAAGUCCGCCUACAUCAGAGUCUGUCCCAAGGUGACAGAAAUUAGUAAUGUCAAGAAUGUUACGCGGUUGCCUCGAGAUACCAAGCGACAGGCCGUGGCUAUUGUGUUUACAGACGACACCUCACGUACCUUCACUUGUGAAUCAGAGCUUGAGGCAGAAGAUUGGUUCAAGACGCUGUCAAUUGAGUGUCUUGGCAUGCGGCCCAGUGAUAUCAGUAUGGGAGAGCCUGACCUGCUGGCUGCUGGCGUACAAUGUGAACACACAGAGCGUUUCAACGUGUUCCUUCUCCCCUGUCCCAACCUGGACAUCUAUGGCGAGUGCAUGAUGCAGAUCACCCAUGAGAACAUUUACCUUUGGGACAUUCACAACCCUCGCACAAAGCUAGUCACCUGGCCCCUCUGCUCACUUCGGCGCUAUGGACGCGACGCGACCCGCUUCACCUUUGAAGCUGGACGGAUGUGUGACAGUGGUGAAGGCCUUUACACCUUCCAGACCAGAGAGGGAGAGCAAAUCUACCUAAUGGUUCACUCCUCAACAUUGGCCAUCGCUGAGCAGCACAAGAAGGUCCUGCUGGAGAUGGAGAAGAACAGCAGGUUAAUGUCCAAAAGUUCAGAGCCUGGCUCCUACCCCUCUACCCCCACUGCCAUACUUCCCCGAUCCGCCUACUGGCACCACAUCACUGGGAAUCAGACCAGCAUGGAUCCUGGUUCUGGUGACUUAUCAGAAGACCACCUAUUGUCUACCUGCUUGCCUUCUGACCACCAUGCCACACUGCCAAUGGCAAAUGCACAUGAACAGUCCCAGCCACCUGUACACACACACUACCCCACCUACCCUGAACAGUGACAUACACAACGUGGACGCUGAAUUACAUGCAAACAUAUAGCCACAUGCAUGCAUUCACACACAAUUCACACACUGAAGGCACUACACUGUCUGCUCUUGAAUAUGUUUGGCAGCCAAACGUCACACCUCACAGGACGUGUUGGCAGCAGGACUCACACUGGCCAACAGAGCGUCUUGAAUGCACAAGAAGUCAAGUUAACUCUGCUGAAGACUACAAGGAGGUGCAGCUCCCACAGUUCCAUACAGACAGGAGAAAUUUGACAUUUUUGUAGACUCACAUUGGCAUGUGUUGCCUACCAAUUAAAGUAAAGACAGAAAGCUCUCAGCAUGUUUAAAACCACCUAGGCUGUAUUGCAUGUUGUCCAACUACAUCUAAUGACAGAAGUGUUUAUACCUGUUCCAACUGGUCCCUCCAAAGCCUUCAUGAGCCCUUUUAGGGGAAUUUUAUGUACUGAAUUUAUACAAUUUUAUACAUGUAAUUCAAACAUUAGAUGCAGCUUUGGCUGUCAUCAGCGCAUGUUUGACAGUCAUCAAGACACCUACCCAACUCUCUACUGUUUUUUGUCAUCUUCAUAUGCAUACAGAUGUGUAUUUUCAACCCCUUGAGUAUCACAACUUUCACUGGGAUCCAUAUUUAUUAUGUUAACACUGGACAAGCUUGGCAGCUUUCCCUUAUGUAUAUCACAUAAAAAUUUCCUAGGAAAAUAUGAAAACAGGUUUGUAUAAAUUAUUUUUUAAACUAUAAGUCUUCAUUACAAAAGUCACAAUUAUAAUUUCACAGUCAUAAUUUCCCAGUAAUUAGCAAUACUCGCAAAUUUCCAAGAGUGUUAUAUCGUUUGGUCCUUAUUAAAGGGUGAAAUUAGGGAAUUUUCUUGAAUGAAAUGCUCAAUUGUAAUCCAACAAUUAGUCAGUUUCUAUGUGAGACGUAUUGUUACACCAUGGAUGCCUUUAAGGAGAGAUUGUGAGAAAGUGUGCAGUAUCCGUUUGCAUGAUUUAUCACAUCCAUAAAACUUCAAGACCACUAAAAUAAGGGAGAAUAUAAGGCAGUUUUUUUCAUCUCGUCUUAGACAAGGCCAUUCAGGAUAGGUAUAAACAUUUUAGCAAUGUAUUGGAUGACAAAUCAUAGUAACUAGUUUUUUUUAAGUAUAAUAAUGUCUUUACAGACCAACCUAUAAAUAUAACUGUGGGGACCAGGCUGCAUGGUGCCUUAACAGCGCCACAUGGACUGAACCAAAACAUUGACAUCUGGAAUUCCCAAGUGGAAAAUUCCCAGUGUACCACUAAGAUUGGUAAUUUCCCUGUUUUUGCAUUUCGAUCAAUGCUUUUGGAUAUUCUGACAGCUGAUGGGACUUUGCAGUAUCUCAGUUUGCUGUGCUGAGGUUUUCAAAUGCUUCUGUUGAGCCAUUAUUGCGCAAUCCUGUUCUUAGGUUAUUUACAGGUUAGAAGUGAAGAAGGGGCGUAAAGUGGAGAGUUCAAUGGUUUUUGAUAGCCCAAACUCUUGGAUUGCACAUAACCACUUUUGGUCUCCCAAUGCAUUUUGCAGCCAAUGAGUUAGGAGUGAAAGUCAUAAAGCACGUUGUGGGUCUUGGGUUGAGGUCUCAAAUUUAGUAGUACCAAUCAGGCACUCGGAAAGAAAUGUGGUAAAGGCUGGUGUCUGUUUGCAGCUUUAGGCUUAGUUUAGUUAUUCACACAAAGUUUGUCCACCAACAAAUAUGUUUGAUUAAGCCUGGUUCAUCUGCUGACUUUUAUUUAUCAAGUUUUCAGGAUAUCCGUCCAUAUGUUCGUACAUCUGUCGAACCCAUUCUCGGGAACGCGAUAUCUUAAGAAUGCCUUGUGGGAAUUUCUUCAAAAUUGGUUCAAAUACUCACUUAGACUCAAGGAUAAACUGAUUUGAUUUUGGUGGUCAAGGUCAAAGCACAUUUUUAGCCUCGCGACGGUGAUAUCUCUGGAUCACUGUCAAGGAAUCCUUUCACAUUAACUGGGACUCUUGAUUUUGGUAGUGCAGAUCAAAGGUUAGGGGGGCCUCAUAAAGUAUGUAAUGUUUUUCUCGAACAUGAUAUCUUAAGAUCAGCUUGAGGCAGUGUCUUCAAACUGGUACAAACGUUCACUUGGACCCAGUGAUUAACGGAUUGCAUUAUGGUGGUCAAUUUUCACUAAGACUCAAAGAUAUUUUUUUACUUAUCAGUUGUCAAAGGUCACAAUGACCUUUUAUGAGACUGGAAUUAUUUUUUGGGAAAUAUGUAGACAGAAACUGCAGUGGCUGGUGGAGUCUGAAACCGCAGUUUGGUAAUACUAGUUGUACUCUGUUGGUGUGUUCCAAUCAUCAUGCAAAUUUCAGCUACACGGUUGAACAUUUUAAUAUGUCUGGAAGUAUAAAAUACUAAAAUUGUAAGAAAGCAAGAUUACCUAUCAGUAACGUCCUCAUUCACAAAAUGAUGUUGCAUUAUUUGUAUCCUUGGUCAAAGUCUUCCCAUAAAAGAGGUUAUGACCAAACUCUGCUAAUGUCAUAGUGUAUCAUAAUCAGGGGAUGGUACUGAACCAGAACUACGUCCAUACCCGAUAUGGGUGAAAUCCAAUGCAUACCUGCUCUUGUGGCACAACCACCUGAGAGAUUCUUGGGGUAAUUAUUCCUGCUCUUCCAAUGGAAACAUUAAACAUAUUCUUCAUCUGCUCCACUUCCCACCACUGGCCUUGAGAAUCACCAAAAACUGUCUGUUUGACCAUUUCAGAAGACCAAAAAGGGGACAAAGACAAAGAUAGGGAUUGGGAUUUUCGGGGUGUUAGUGGGGGGAGGGAUAAUUGUCCCAGGAAGGCAGCCAUAACUAGAAAAGGUUAGAUCAUGUUUUUCUAUGCGAGUUCAUCAUCUCUUCAUAGCUGCCUUUUGAUUCUUUCACAAGGGUUUAACUGUUGAUCUGACAGUGGAGAUUUUACUAAUGCAGGGAGACGUCUGGUAACACACUGGCCACCUUAACAGUGUCAUAAAAUACCUUGUGUCUGUGCAUGUGUCUUGGUCUGAUGUAGCUCAAUUAAUGCUCGAAACCUUGUGUAAUUUACAUUUCAUGUUUUAUGUUUUUUACAUUAUUUUAACAUGCAUUUUGUUGGUUAUGCACAAUACAUCAUGCAGGUUAUGCAUUGAGUGUA